AUGCGGGACUACGACGCGAGUAACAAAGCCGACUACUGCAGCAUCAGGUUAUCUGUAACUCAAGUUCAAGUUACGGUCUUAAAUUCAAGUACAUUAGCCAUCGCAAUUAUGUCAAUUCCAAACGAAGCUCUCCAUAAGCUUGUUCAGGAGAUAGAAUCACAGGCGGUGGCCGCCCAGCAACAAAUCAAUGUCGUCAGGACUCAGAUUACAACGAAACAACGAGAGAUGCGCCUGUUGGAGCUUACUUCUGGGGAGAUCGGUCAAGUCCCCAAAGGCACAAACGUAUAUGAAGGCGUAGGCAAAAUGUGCGUACAUCUAUGGAGAUUUCCCACUAAAACGAGCCAUUCCUUUGACACAGCUGUAAGCUAA